AGUGGCCAGAGAGGCGGCUCUCCAGUCAGCGUUUGCAGCCCUCUUCUUUCUCCCUUCCCACCCGGCCGCCUCGGAUCCCUUGGCUGGGCGCUGAGGUGGGGGAAGAGGCUGGGGUCGCCACGGCGGAGGUUGCUGCCGCCACCCCCCUGCGGGGGUGGUCGGGGUUCCCGGCUGGGGGGGCAUCGUUCAGGGUGAGGCAUCCACCAUGGUGAGGCCCCUGAGCCGCUGCCCCCCGCGCCCCCCCGGCCGUCGUUGCCUCCUGCCCCUCGGUGCUGCUGCUGCUGCUCCCCCGCCUGCUGUUGCUCCUCCAUCUCCAGAUCGGAUCACGGUGAGGGAAAGAUGAGCGAGGAGACGGCGACUUCUGACAACGAUAAUAGUUAUGCACGAGUGCGAGCUGUGGUGAUGACCCGAGAUGACUCAAGUGGUGGAUGGUUACCACUUGGAGGGAGUGGACUAAGCAGCGUCACUGUCUUCAAAGUCCCUCAUCAGGAAGAGAAUGGCUGUGCAGACUUUUUUAUCCGUGGAGAGCGACUCAGGGACAAAAUGGUGGUUUUGGAAUGUAUGCUUAAAAAAGACCUCAUUUAUAAUAAGGUCACUCCAACAUUUCAUCACUGGAAGAUUGAUGACAAGAAGUUUGGCCUUACCUUUCAAAGUCCUGCUGAUGCUAGGGCUUUUGAUAGAGGCAUUCGAAGAGCUUUAGAGGAUAUUUCUCAAGGAUGUCCCGAAUCAAAAAAUGAAGCGGAGGGAGUAGAUGACUUACAAGCAACUGAAGAGGAUACUUCCAGUUCUCUAGUGAAGGAUCACCUUUUCCAGCAAGAGACGGUUGUUACCAGCGAGCCUUAUAGGAGCUCAAAUGUAAGACCUUCUCCCUUUGAAGAUCUGAAUGCCAGAAGAGUCUACAUGCAAAGCCAAGCUAAUCAGAUAACAUUCAGUCAGCCAGGCCUAGAUAUUCAGAGCAGAAGUAUGGAAUAUGUACAGCGGCAACUGUCUAAGGAAUGUGGAAGCCUGAAGUCCCAAAAUAGGGUCCCUUUGAAAUCAAUCAGACAUGUCAGCUUUCAAGAUGAGGAUGAGAUUGUCAGAAUAAACCCUCGAGAUAUCUUAAUACGUCGUUAUGCAGACUACAGACAUCCUGACAUGUGGAAAAAUGACUUGGAGAGAGAUGAUACUGACUCCAAUAUUCACUUUCCUAAACCAGACAGUAAAAAAUCAGACUAUCUGUACUCUUGUGGGGAUGAGACUAAGUUAAGUUCACUCAAAGACUCUGUGGUAUUUAAGACACAACCUUCCUCAUUAAAAUUUAAGAAGUCAAAACGAAGAAAAGAGGAUGGUGAACGUUCUCGCUGCGUUUACUGCCAGGAGAGGUUUAAUCAUGAAGAAAAUGGCAGGGGAAAAUGUCAGGAUGCUCCAGACCCUAUUAAAAGAUGCAUAUAUCAAGUUAGUUGCAUGCUCUGUGCAGAGAGCAUGUUGUAUCAUUGUAUGUCAGACUCAGAGGGAGAUUUUUCUGAUCCCUGUUCAUGUGACACUAGCGAUGACAAAUUCUGCUUACGAUGGUUAGCCCUGGUAGCUUUGUCUUUCAUUGUACCAUGUAUGUGCUGCUACGUCCCUUUGAGAAUGUGCCAUCGCUGUGGCGAGGCGUGUGGUUGCUGUGGUGGGAAACAUAAAGCUGCUGGAUGAAAUGAUCCAGUGCCAGAAUGAGCUUAAAAUCUUUGUUUCCAGGAAUUAGCUAACUUGGAUUUGUGGAAGCUUUUGGCAAGCAAUAUGGAAUCUUGCCUGGUAUCAUUGGGGCCACACGUGGAGGAAGCAGAAUUCAUCAGUUCUUGGCAUUUCACAAAUGCUAGCCAUGCCUAACUUUUUCCCUUGAGUGCAUGGCAUGUUUUGUUACAGGUUGUAGUAUUUGCAGAAGGAAACCAUUUCUGGUUAUUGGCUAUAAAAAGUCAGCAUAAAACAUGAUCCAACUAAAAGGGAUUAAUUUUUUGGCAUUUUUGUAUAUUUAUGCAUUAGGUGAUGGGACUUUUAAAGGUUUGAAUUUAUUAGGACAUGAACUAAAAAGUGCACUAGGGGACAGUUGAUUUCAAUCUAAGAAAAGUUAACACUUGGGAAUUAUAAGAAAUAAAACAAGUGCAACUAAAUCAUUUAUUAGUUGUUUUUUGAAAGCAGUUUUAUGUAUAAAUAACAAAUGUUUAUAUUUAACUAAAUGUAAGGUACGAAUUAUUACAUAUUAAACUUUUCUUCCCCUUCCUAGUUCUGAAGUAGAUAGACAUCUAUCUACUGUCACAUUCCAUAUAUUUUGAAUAUUUAACUCAUCUAGUUAACGUUUUUAUUCCAUGUGAAUGAUUUGAUAUUUUCAUCCUCAUUUCUCUUUGGCUACAAUUUAUAUUGAGUUAUAUCUGUACAUUAUGGUAAUCUAAAGUCCUUAAAAAUAUUCUAAUAGCCUUGAGUGACCAACUUUUUUUAAAGCACAGAUGUAAUUGUCUAAUGUUCUGAUGGGAACGUAACACUUAUUUUUAUAUAAAAAGAGACUGAGUAAACAUAGAAAAAAGUGAGGUUUUUUUAGUUGUUUGUUUUUUGUGGUAUUCAACCAGCAAGUUGUUUUCUUUCAGAGUUUCCUCCUUCAAAAAAUCAUACUGCAUUUACAAAUGUUUUACAAGGCAAAAAGCGUAACUGGAUAGUUAUUGUAAAAGUUUCCUCAUGAGAUCUCCGUUUAUCAUUCUAACUCAGAAUAUGUUCAGCUGUGUUACUAAUUUUUUUAAGUUAAUCCUCAGUGCUUAUUAUUUACAUAACAAUGGUAGCUUUUCUCAGUUGCAUUUUAUUUUUAUUUAAACUGGCCAAAAGCAGAAUUAUUUUAUGUUAAAAAUGUGUGCUAAACUAUCCCAGGAAAGUAUUUAAUCCAACAUUGUGAAUGAAAUAUCUUGUACAUAUAAAUUUAUUUCUUUUGCAGAGCAUUAUAUUACUGGAUGUUUAAUUUACAAAGUAGUUGGGUAAAUGUUCCAACAAACUGUUUAGUACCUUGAGGUCAUUUUUUUUUUAAGUGUUACAUUAAAACUCUAACCAAGGAAAGGGUUCUUUAAGAACAUUCCCUUAGAGGGAUAAAGUUGAGAAGUGUGCCUUUUUUUUUUUUUUUUUUUUUUUUUUUAAUGGCUUGAAGUUGACGUUUCAGAGGUGAUAAAAAUUAAAAUCACACUACCAUUGGAAGCUCAUUUUCUAUGCAGGUCUUAAAUGUCAUUUAUGUAUCAUUCUUUUUGUAUGUCACACUGAAGCCUGUGUUACCUUUCUUCUUUUGCCCCAUAUCAAACUGAACAAUGUAUAUAACACUAUCUGUCUGUAAAAUACUUUUUUUAAGAAAGCAUUUAUAUUUAUAUGACAGCUUGAACUGACAACAUUGUGUAUAUAGAUCAUCUUGAAGUAUUAUUUCACAUUGAAAAGAAGAAAAAUAUAUUGAUAACUAUAGAUGUUAUGAAGAAGAGGGUAUUUCUAGUUUUGUACUAAAAAUCAAUUGGAUGAACUAAAUCCAAAACAUGACAUUAUUGUAGCAGCGAUUUUAAGUCUUAUUUUUACUGUUUGUAUAUGUGAAUGCUGCUACACCAGAUGAUCUUCAUCCCUGAAGUUUUCAGCUAAACUUGGUUUCCUAGAAUAGACUGUUAACUUUCAAAAUUAAUUUUUAUUGGUGAAAUGGAAAUAUUGGUUUUCCUUGUGAAUAAAUUUUCAUAUUUGUAAGUGCUGAGUUUAUAAUUCAGGUUUGAGCAAGGUGUGAAUUACUGAAGAAAAUAACUUGCUGGCUAUAUAGGAAAAUGCUGUGGAAGUGAACUGUGUAUAUACUUCUGGGAAGAACAAAUUUAAUCAUUUCUUCUGUUAAGCACUAAUCAGUAUAGUGCGACUCCUGGUUCUGUACUGUAUUUUAUAUGCGACAUAUAUGCUUUAAUAUUUUAAUGUUUGUGCAUUAAUAUUUUCAAUUUGUUUAACCACUUUGCUGCUAAGAUUUUGCCGUCCCAUUCCCAUUUUUUCCUUUACAAUUUUAAACAAGUUUCUUCAUUAAAAACUAUGGUGAUGAAA